AUGUUGUCUAACGCUAAGUUCUUACUAUCAUUGGCUAUGGCCUCUACCGCUCUCGGAUUGGUGUCUAAUUCUAGCUCCUCUGUGAUCGUGGUACCAUCGAGCGAUGCCACUAUUGCAGGUAACGAUACCGCUACGCCUGCACCAGAGCCAUCAUCCACUGCUUCAGUUUUCUACAACUCCACUGCUACUACAACACAGUACGAAGUUGUCAGCGAGUUCACUACGUACUGCCCAGAACCAACAACUUUCGUAACGAAUAACGCUACAUACACUGUCACUGCCCCAACGACUUUGACAAUUACCAACUGUCCUUGCACUAUCGAGAAGCCUACAUCAGAAACUUCAGUUUCUUCUACACAUGAUGUGGAGACGAAUUCUAAUGGGGCCAAUGCAAAGGUAAUUCCAGGUGCCCUGGGCUUAGCCGGUGCAGUUAUGAUGCUUUUAUGA